AUGUAUCAUGUGAUUUUGUUUAUUUGUUUUUAUGAAUGGUUAUUGUUUAUAAUAAUUACAAAUUGUAUCUUAUUACCAUGUGCAGGAGAAAAUUUAAAAAAAGUGGAGUGUGAAGGUAUUUUAAUUUACGAAGAUGUAAUAAAUACUUCAAAAAAAAAUAAUAAAGAAGAAUAUUUCGAAGGAAAAAGAAAAGAAAAAAAAAGAAAAAAAAGUAGAGAUAUAUUUCCUAUACCAUAUUUUAUUAUAUACAAAAAUAAGAAUAAAAAUAUAUUUUCUUCCAAUGAACAUUAUAAUGGUUUAUCUGUUUUUAUAAAGCAUAAAAUAAAUACAAAAGAAAAAAUUGAGGAAGAAAAAAUAAAUAUAUUAACUAAUUUUUUAUAUAAAAUAUAUAAUAUAAAGAUAUAUAGAAAACAAAUAAAUGCAUAUAUAACACAUGAUAUACAAAAUGAUAUUAAUCUUUAUGUAUCCGUUUUAAAAAAAAAUCAGAAAGCAUUAUUCUUAAAAUCAACUUACUUAGAUAGGAUUUAUAAAUAUUGCACAUCUAUACAUUUGAAAAACAAUCAUUAUGUAAUACAUAAAAAUUGUUUAUCUCAUAAAUAUAUUUUGUUUAAAUGGAUAGAUGAAGAUGUUUUCUUUUACAAAGGGAAUAAUAAAAGUCCAAAAUAUGAUAAUGAUGAUAUAAAUGAAAAGUCGGAUAAACAUUAUAUCUUAUAUAAUCCUAUUCAAAAUGAAAAUAUGACAACUUAUAAUAAUUCUUCUAUAUAUAAUAAAAAUGAUUAUAAAGAUGAUAAUAGCCCAAUACUAUCCUUUAUUCAUAUAUCUAAAAUAGAUUUGGUAAAAGCGUCCUUUCCUUAUUUUUUAAAACUCUUCUUUCUUGAGGUGUUAAGAAAAAAAAAUGAAAAAGCAUAUAAUUUAUUCAUCUUUUUUAUGAACAUUAAGGUAAUACAGAAUGUAGUGAUAAAUAUGUUUGUAGAUAAAAAAAAAGAUAAAACAAAUCAUAUAAAUGAUGAAUUGAACUCACAUAAUUUUAAGAACCACUAUUACAGUAAAUAUAUAUUUAAUAUAUCUUUUAAUAUAUAUAUAAAGAAUUAUAAAGUUUUGGAUGUCUUAUCUCAUUUUUUCAAUAAAUUUGUUUGUUCCCAUAAAAAAAAAAAUAUGUUUCUUAUGAAUUCUAUGAAGAAUAAUAAAAUAUAUUUAUAUUUAAAAAAUGAAAACAAAAUUAUUAAUCAUAAAAAUCAUAUAUAUAAUUAUGGUAUGCAAAACAAUUUGUAUUUUAUUCCAUAUUUCUUAAAUAGUUUGUAUCAAGAGGAGGACGAAAAAAGUACACACGUGAGUACAUCGUUAUUUUUUAAUUAUACAGUAGAAAACAUGAUAAAUGGUGCUGAUAUAUUUCAUAUAGGGAUUCAUGUAAAAAAUGAUUACUUUAUAUAUAAGGGUUAUGACAAGGACACGGACAUGAAUAUAAAUCUGAUGAGAAUUAAACUCAGUCGAGAGGAGGUAUCUGUCAAUAAUAAGAAUAAUAAUUAUGUUGAAAGAGAUAAAAUGUAUAUGAACAAAGCAAAAGAAAAUAAAGUUCCAAAUCAAAAUAACAAUUUAAAUAAAAAUAUAAAAAGUAAUAUUAGGAUAGAAAGAAUACACAUUAAUACGAAUAAUAAGGAUUCAUCUUCCUUAAAAUGUAAAAUGAUUAUUCUAGAUUUAUAUGGUAAUAAUGUAUUUGUAGAUAGAGAGAGAAAAACAAAUAAUUGUUUACACGUUCCUUUUUUAAAUAUAGAGAAUUAUAAAGAAAAUUCUUCUCAUUUCAUGACAACAUAUGUAAGGGAUAUAAUAUUUAGAGAUAAAAAUGAAAUGAACACUACAAAAAAGUAUAAUAAUAAAAAAAGUAUAUGUGACAAUAAAACGAUGUGCGACAAUAAAACGAUGUGUAAUAAUAAAACGAUGUGCGACAAUAAAAUGAUGUGCGACCAUAAAACGAUGUGCGACAAUAAAACGAUGUGCGACAAUAACACGAUAUGUGAUAAUAAUAUUAUAAAAUAUCUUAUAAAUAAUGAGAAGAACCAAAAAAAGGAAGAUAUUAAAAUAUACAGAUAUGAUUAUAUCAACCUACAUUAUAACAUAUUGUUACAAAGUAGAUAUGUAAUUCCUUGUUUAAAAAAGAAAAAAAAGGCUCCUAAUAUGAAUGCAGACAAAAAGAAUCCUUAUAAGAAUAUAUAUGAUAAGGAUAUGCUAUGUACAGACUAUGAUACAUACGAAUUUUCAGAUGGAAAAAUAUAUGUAAAUUGUACUGAAGAAGAUGAGAAAAAUGAAAAUAAAAAAAGUAAAAAUGGAAUGAAUAAAAAUAUGUGGAAUAAUAUAAAUGAUAAGGAUAAAGACGAGAUAAAAAUAUAUGCUGAUAAACAAAAUGUAUAUAUACAUAAAAAUCAUGAAGAUGAUAUGUUAAGUAUACAUACAUAUGAUUUUUAUAUAUAUUUAAGUGAAAUAUCUUUCCCUUCUUUUUUCGAUGAGGAAAAAAAUGUUGAUACAGACGAUAUGUACAAUGAAACUUUUUUAAAUAAACAAGAAAAUGAUUACAACACUUAUUCGUAUGAUACUAUAUAUGAUGUUAAACUUGUGAAUAAUUUUAUUUAUAUACCAAACACACGGAUGACAGAAGGAAAUAAUAAUAAUAAUAAUAAUAUAUUCAAUAUAUAUAAUGUUUAUAAGAAAAAUAAAAUAUUACAUAACGUUAUAAAAGUUAAUGAUAUGGAAAAAAUAAAUUAUCCUAUAUAUUAUAAUUUAUAUUAUACAAAAGAUUAUUUUAUAGAUAGGACUUACAUAUAUUCUAUACCACGAGGUACGGAUAAUAUAAACUACAUUAUAUGUAUAACUACAUGUACUAUACUUUUUUUAAUUCUUAUAACUUUUUAUAUGUUCUAUAAUUUUUAA